AUGAAAACAAACGUUUCAAAAAUCGAUGUUAAAUUCUAACAAGUGUUCGGAGAUAAAGCUUCAUCCGAAAAAGUAUCAGAAGAAGAUAUUAUAUCAGCUUUAUCUUUUGAUAAAACAGGUAAUUUAAUAUCCUUAGGAGACCGAGCUGGUCGUCUAAUAAUUUUCGAGCAAAUCCAAUCUAAAUCAAAACGUAGUGAAUUCCAAUACUUAACUGAACUCCAAAGCCACACUAGAGAAUUCGAUUAUUUGAAAUCAACAGAUAUAGAAGAAAAGAUAAACUAAAUAGUAUGGUUAAGAAACUCUGGAAAGAACCUCUAUAUCAUUACAACAAAUGACAAAACAGUUAAAUUAUGGAAAGUAUCAGAUAAAAAUAUCAAAAAAGUCGUCAAAAGUAGUGGAAAAGACUUAAACAUGCCCAAGCUUCAAACUUUAGAAAGCGGCUUAAUGCCUACAGUAAAAAAAGUAUAUCCUAAUCUCCAUACUUAUCAUAUAAAUUCUAUAUCUACUUCCCAAAACGAAGAAUUUCUCCUAUCAUCUGAUGAUUUAAGAGUAAACCUGUGGAGUAUAGAAAACACAACGAAAACAUUUGUAGCUGUAGAUUUAAAACCAGACAAUCUAGAAGAGUUAUCCGAAGUAAUAACAUCUUCCUAAUUUCAUCCUCAACAUGAUAAUAUGUUUCUAUAUACAACUUCUAAAGGGAUAACUAAAAUCGGUGACAUGAGAAAAAGUGGUGUUUGUGAUAACACUGCUUAAGUUUUUUUUGAAAAAGAAGACCCAUCAAAAAAAAAUUUUUUUACAGAAAUAGUUGCCUCAAUUUCAGACGCUACUUUUUCAAAAAACGGAAGAUAUAUAUUCGCUAGAGAUUUCUUAAACGUGCGAGUUUGGGAUGUAAAUAUGAGUAAUAAACCUGUAGUCACAGUUCCCAUUUUCGAGCCUUUGAAGAGCAAAUUAUGUGAAUUAUAUGAAAAUGAGUGUAUAUUUGAUAAGUUCUCGAUUUCUUCUAGUCCUGAUAGUAAUCAUUUUGUUACUGGGAAUUUCAAUAGUACUUUCCAUGUGAUUGAUAGAAAUGGGGAAUGUAAUAAUCAAUUCGAACUUAACUUUAAUAAAAAAACUUUAAGUAAACAAAUUCCUCCAAAAUAUUUCGAAAAUCUUACUUCGGCUUAUGAUUUUAGUAGAAAAACCUUAAAAUCUGCUUAUUCAUAAGUUAAUGGAACUAUUGCUAUUUCUUGCUUGAAUUGUUUGUAUUUUUAUUCGUCAUCAACGUCAUAAUGAUUUUUUAUAAUUUAAAUAUUUAUAUAUUAAUCUUUAUAAAUAUAAAUAUAUAUUGAGAUAUAAUAUAAUCAUUAAUUUUAUAUUCUUUUUGUUAUUAUACUAGAUUUAAAUAUAAAAAAAAAUAUUAAUAAUUUUG